AUGGCGAAUGUCAGGGAUAGUGAUACGUCGUUGUGGCUACAUAAUAAGCUUGGAACCUCUAAUGAUUCGUGGACAGGUGGUUCUAUUUGUUCUCAACUAAAUGCUGAAGUAUUAAGGAAUAUCAAAGAUUGUUUUCCGGAUCUUCAAACACAAGUGAAGUUAAAAUUGUUGCUUUCUUUCUUCCACAUCCCGAGGAGGAACGUUGAGGAGUGGCACACUGAGUUGGAGGAAAUCUUGGAAGUUGCUCAGGUUGACAGUGAACAGUGGGUGUCAAUGUUGGCGGAAAUAAUGAAGACACUUCCAGGGACGGGGUCUUUGAAUACCGACAUCGGUUAUAUUGAUGAUAAUAGGCGCAUAUUCUCAGACUUGGUUAAUGACCUAAGGAAACUUGUGAAGCGACAGUUUGAUAUGGAGAUGUUGCCCCUUGAGUGCCACUACCUCAACAAGUCAGCACUAAGUAGUGUUGUUGGACAGCAGCCCCCACCCACAAAACAUUUCACAUUGAAACGUAAGCCAAAGUCGGCAGCCUUGAGGGCAGAGCUCCUACAGAAGUCUGCUGACGCUGCCAGCAACUUAAAGAAGAGCACAGCCCCGACUGUUCCAGUGCGUUCACGUGGCAUGCCUCGCAAGAUGACUGACACCACCCCUCUGAAAGGCAUUCCAAGUCGAGUACCUGCAGGAGGAUUCCGUUCACCUCUGAACAGCCCAUCUAUUUCUCGUCCCCCCAUGUCAAGAACGCCAGCGGGGAGGAAAGAUGGUGGCAUCAAACUUCUGGAUAUCAAUGAACAGCCUCUGGGCUAUGCACAGGCGAAAAAGAGGAAGCGUAUGCAAGAGCUUGAGGAGGCAAAGAAGGCAUCGGAGGCAGCAGCAGCUCAGCAGCUACUGCAACAGAACCAGCAGCUUGGAGCAAGUCAGAGCACCCCAGACUAUGCUGUGGGGCUUACUGCCAUGAACCCUCCAACACCAGCACCAGCCACUCCCUCCUACAGUCCUGCCACCCCACAACAUACUGUCACAACCAUCAUUACAAUACCCCGGGAUGCUGCAGCACCUGGCACACCAGCAAGUGAUGUGGCUGCCCAGGGACAGACGCUGCUGGUCGCCACAGCCCCAGGAGCUACCACUGCCCCAAGCUAUGUUCCACUGGUGACGCCUACAACUCUGCAGAGUCCGGUAACCCCACAGUCAUCACUGUCACUCCAGACUUCAGCUGGCAUUGUCACCACCCCAGUGGUCACAGCAGUUCAGACUCAAGCUGCAGCCACCACACCCACCAAACAGGUCAUUCAGAUUCGACCAGCACCGCAGGUCACUCAGAUCAGAAUCCACCCAGUGAAUGCUGCUCCAGGAAGUAAUAACACACUUCAGCGGAAGGGUCUGUCCCUCACAAGAGAACAAAUGCUGGAAGCUCAGGAAAUGUUCAGAACUGCAAACAAAGUUACUCGGCCAGAAAAGGCUCUCAUUCUCGGAUUUAUGGCUGGAUCCAGGGAUAACCCAUGCCCACAUUUGGGUAACAUUGUGACAAUAAAACUCAGUGAAGACCAAGAGACAGUGUUGCAGCCAGAUGACACAUUCCUGACAACGACCAUUGAGACUCACUUUCAGAUGAACUACAAUACUGGAGAGUGGAAACGCAUCAAGAAGCCACGCAAGAUGGAAGACCCAGCUGCUGUGACACCUGCAUCCACUCCUCUUCCUGCAGCAUCUGCGGCUGCUACGUAGAAGAAAGCUUAGUAGGUAUGGUAUGUGUGCAGUAUAUAGUCUGUAGUUGUAGUAAGCAGUAUGUAUGCAGAUGCAAUCAGAUGCACACAUAUGACAUAAAGAUCCUCUCUGAAGUUAUGUCUGUUGGAGGUCUUACUCCAAUGUUAGAUGUGCCAAAGUUUGCAGAAGAAGUAGCAGAAAUAUUGAUCACUAAGCUUUUUGGUGAUGUGUGACAACAGUCUAUUCCGUUAAACAGAGUGGGCGAAAGUGCAGUCUUUUUGUUGACAAGUUUACUUGUAUUGUGUCUACAUGAACAUUAGGAUGAGCUGCCAGAACUUGUAAGCUUGCACCCAGUGCUUGUUUACAAAUGAAAUAUAUGUAUGUAUAUAUAGAUAUAUAUCCAAAUUUUUUUCUUAAUAUUAAGAGGAACGAAUGAUUCUGUGAUCUGGAAUGAGUUGGCUGAUAAUUUAAAUAGACUACAGUAUGCCACCAUACAUCGUUACUCAUCACUUUUUUGAGCUACAUUUAUCAUUUAUGUUACUCAUUAUAGUAAAGCUUCUGGGAGCGAGUACUGUCUGAAUUGAACCCAGCAAACAAAUCGUUAAAUUUGAAUUAAAUUAUUUUUGUGCAAUUAAUUAGUAAAUUACAUUUUAAUAUAAGUAAGAUGGUUGUUAUAUAUUAUAUUUCUGAAAACUGGGAAUUUAAUUUCAUUCGUUUUGAUUAUUGAAAUACUCUUUGAGAAGAAUUAAUUAAACAUAACAACAUUGUAGUUUUCCAUAAGUUGGCUGCCUUGUGCAGUUCAGUGGUUCCACAUGAGUGGACCAACGCUACUACAACUAAAGAUUUAGUUGAUGCGUUGUACAGUUAUGAUAGCUAAGUUUCUCUUUGUUACAUUGUGUUUUUCACACAUCACAAUGCCAAAAGCAAUCAGUCAUUGGAAAGAAAGAAGAGUGACUGAAAGUACAUAGAGAGAAGUGACUGCACAUCUUAUAGAAACUCACUGUAGUAAAAGUCAAGAGUUUCAAUACAUUAUUAUUAAUUUCUCCUGAAUGCGUAAAUGUAAUUUUGCAACAAACAGUAUUCCUAAAGGCUGAAAUUAUAAGCAUAAAAGUUUUGAUUCAUGGUACCAUUUUUUACAUGUUUUCCGGUCUAAAAAAAACAGAAAUUAACGGGUGUGGGGAUUCGUUGCGCUGACCAUGCGACACCCACUAUCCGCUAAAGUUGGCCAUCCUCAGGGUUCUGAAUUUGUAAAAAGGUUCAUAAGUCCAAUGUUUAUCGUUUUUGUUACUCAGUAACAUGUUGCAUGUAUCUAACCUGUGUAAUAGGCUGUGAACAAAUGUACCACAUCCAUUCUGUGAAAUCUGGUAAUAUUUUCUUGCAGAUCUGUGAAGUUUUGUUCAAAAAAUUCCCAAAAUGAGGGCGCAGAGGAGUGGUGCAUCGGUCAAAUUAGGUGUUGUUUGAGUGACCUUGCAACCUGACCAUUAACUAUGCAAGUCAUUUUGUUCCAAGUAGACCGUACGUUCUGUUUAGUUUUUAUAGCCAGUGUGUUGUCACGUUCAGUAUGGAGUCAGUAAAGGAGCAAAGAAUUUGUGUUAAAUUCUGUCUCAAAGUGGGGAAAACCAGCUGCAGAAACCCACAGCAUGUAUGAAGCUUUCAGUGAUGAUGCCUCGAGUCAGAUGAGAACCUAUGAAUGAUCCAAACAUUUUAAGAAUGGUGUAGCUGUCCUUGAGCUUCAAGACCCAAACAUCUUAUUGUCUGGGUGAAAAACAUCUUGGAAAUUGUCGACCAACUGUCUGAAAAGUUGCAGGAGAGGUUGAAAUAUCCGUUGGUGCAUUCCAUACAAUUUUAAUUGAAGAUAGGAAUGAAUUGGGUCUUAGCAAAAUUUGUGCCAGACUGAUGAUCUCCAAAAUCUCCUCCAAAAAGAAAUUAUGAAAAUCUUUUGAAUAAUAUCAUUCCCAAUGACGAGACGUGGGUUUGUAGUUAUGACAACAUUCCUCACUGAAGAGCAAUGCUGCAGCUUGCCUUUUUAAAAAAUUGAGGCAUUGUGCAUUAUGAAUUCGCUCCUGAAGGUCAGACAAUUAAUGAAGAUUUUCAUGUGGUGGUUCUGUGUCUGAGGGAUGUGAUACAAAGAAAACGAGCUGAAAUGUGGACUGCGGAAGCUGGCUUCUCCAUGAGUGUGCCUGCUCACACAGUGUUUGUCAGUUAGACGGCUGUAAGCAAAAUAUUCAAUUCCUGCCCACCAACAACCCCCCCCCCAAUUCACCUGGCCACCCCUCCUGACUUUUUCUAUUCCAUAAACUCAAAAUUACCCUUAAUGGAAAGAGUUUGGGCAUUGUAAGCCAUCAUUACUAAUGCCAAUAGGACAAGAAUGGAAGACGUGAUGAAACUCACAAUUGAGAAGUUCACUUCAGUCAGCAAAGAUAGAAACUCAGAUGUAAAUAUCUACUGAAUCUCUUCUCUAUGAAGGCUAGAAGAUUGUGAGUGAAUGGCAGUUACGGCAGAGGCAGAGAGCAUUGUGAGACCGCUAGGUUAUACACCCAGUAUCGUGGGUAGCUCUCUGCUAAUGUGGAAUGUUACACCAAACAAUAGUGUCUGGCUGCUUUGGUGCAGUGAAAAUUGCCUACUCUAUAAUGCUAUAGGAAAUCUGCAGUUAUUUUCUGCACAUACUGAAUAUUGCUUAAGUCUGGCAGCUGUUCGUCAUUAGAUGAGUGGUUGUAGACCACGGUGUUACAGUGAAUGUUGCUGAACCUGUUUUCCCAUAUAUUCCCUAACGUGCUGGCCAGAAGCCAAGAACAACAUAUUGUCUGUCACAUGUUGGGUAUAUCACGCAACAAAUAACUUCAUGCCAUCAAGGAUGUAGCAGAUAUUUGUUGUGCUUUGAUUCUACACUCACCCUUUACAAUUACUAUUACUUGCAGUAUCAGAACUACUUCCUCUUCUUCACUGCUUAUACUGCCUUCUGCGGCUGCGACAUCUCAACUGUCUUCAACUCCGACUAUAUCAAGACUGUCUCGGUGAAUGCCUUACCUUCUCUGUCUGUGGCCGUUCCUGUGCAGUGAACCUUCUGUUGUAACUGUGGAGACUCACUGUUAGAAUUACAAUACUGCUAUUGUUACUUCCUAUGGAACGGUCUGUUCUAGCGUUUCCAUGGAAGUAACCCUUCUGGAUUCCGAACACGUGACAAUAUUAUAAAACUCUCUUGUAUCAGAUGGCAUAAAGAUACCAACAACAUAACUAAGAUUGGUAGAAGGUCAAGAAAUAGACCAUUAAUGUAGAGUUCAUGCAUCGUGGAACAAGCUACUGAUGUUGCAUGGUCUGUGUAGUUACUUUAAGUCUCUGUCAUUGCUCCUUUGUGCCUCCAUGCUGUAUAUGUGAUGUUGACUGCCAGCAUUAUACAUCAGCAGUCUGCUCUGCACUACCUGACAUCAUUAAUUAAUUCACCUCUGUUCUGUUAAGUGAGAAGGGAAACCCAUCCUGGGACCACUGUUCAGAUAAUAUUCUGGCUGGUUGGGCCUGUCACUCAUCCUGGAAUGGUGAGAGUUGAGUCUCUAACAUCAGCAGCAGAUCGGCAACUGACAGGUGAAAACUGAAGUGUACUCCAGUGUCGCCAUCCCAUUGAAAAUCCCUUGGAGAAUGUUUGGUGAGAAGCUGACGACUAAAGGCCAGAGCUAUGGUAUGGCGAUGCUGGAUAAUUUUCCCUACCAGUAUAUUGAUUUUGAUGAUUAUCAGAAUCAUAAAUAAUGCUGUCCUCAACAUGCACCCCUGAUUUUCAAACAGUAAUUUUAGGAAAGAGUGUGUGUGUCUGUGUGGGUGUGCACAGGAUAUUCAAACAAAUACAGUACUUUGCUUCUUUGUGUCAUGGGAAGGUGCCUCAUCCACCCUCAUACACUCUCAGCAUCCCCAUGAGCCAGGUUACAAAACUGUAAGGAUUUUUGACACCCCAAAUUAUAGUAUCAGUCUGCUGCUCAGUUUUUUGCUUUCUAAUUGGUUUGGUCCAUCUGGAAGAAUUGUUAAGAUUGUUCCUUUUUCUGGUAUUAUUUUGGCUCAGAAAUAUAAAUGUUGAUGUUUGAAGUUCUCUCUGCAGAGUUGGUUCCAGCCAUCUGUGACAGCAAGUCACAAGGUUGGCAUGUAAAGGGCACAUCUGGGGACAAACAGCUGAUAUACACAUAGAGUCAUGUGUAGCAGCUUCCUAAAGCAAACUGAAAUAGGAAGAGCAGGAAAUAUGUGGACAGGUCUGCCUACUUUAGAAGCUUUGAAAGUGAUAGCACUGUUCUGUAUAGUUUAUUCAAAGAGAAAAGACUAGUUAUGGCUGAAAACAUUUUCAAAACAUUUCAGAGUCUUUCAGAUCAAAAUGUAGUACACAGUUUGCAUAUGCCAAACUCACUGGCUGAGGAAGUUUUCCACAUGCUGCAGGUAACAAAGUGCUUCCUAUCUUCACCUGCACUCUUAAGAGUGAGAGGCCUUACAAACUGCAAGCAGCAGUAGUACUGACCAGUGAAAUUGUGGGGAGGAUUUGCAGAGAGAAAGUCUUGAACUGGAAUGACCAUUGCACACAUUGAGUUUUGUGUCUUCAUACCAGCAGGUACAGCUCAUAUCUCUCAUUCCUCUUGAUAAAACAAAAAUUUUAGAAAUGUAAUACACAGCUUCAUCCUCUAUUAAUGUGGCUUGCAGGAUGGAACUUAUUGACAGUGCAGCCUGUAUAAACAGUAUUCAGUGUGUGAUUGAAAGGUGAAGGUAGUGAUCAUGUGCAGCCAUUCUGUAUAGCAGUUGUGAAGCCAAGUUAACCUACACCAUGGAUGUAACUAAGGCUGUGCAUAUUGUAGACCUUAACUUAUAUACAUGUGAGUAGUAAACUUCACGCUGUGGCAGGUUCACACUGGUGACAAGAGACUGACUGGGUCUCAACUGCAUUCUCUUUGUAUCUUUUAAAAAUCCACCAUUACCUCCUUAUAUGGAAACAUUUUAUCGUAGAGACACGUUGAUAGGAGAAGGUGGAUUCUUGUGAGGCUCUUCUAACAGCAGUGGCUGUGAAGGCAACUGUUUCCUGAACUGCAGUGUCAUGUAUUCUGAUAGAAGUUUACCUGUAUUUGGAGGACUGUGCUGCUUCUGCCUUCAGAAUAAAAGAGUACCUGAUGUGAGGAUGGAGGCAGCAAGUCCCUUUGAAACAUUGAUGAAUUUCUACCAGACUACAUACACACUGUCACAUUUUGGAAGACAUUUACUCUUAAAGUGAUUCUUGGUCUGUUCCUGUAUUCUGUAUAAAUUGGUGAGACCAAGGUUUUGGUAUUGAAUGUUAUUCGUCAGCAAGCAGGUUUCACUGUGUGGUCCUUCAGACAGAGACGCGGCUUAUCCCUGGAGUGAACCAAUCAAUAUGUAUAUAUGUAUGUAUAAUGUACUUGUAUAUUUGAGGCUUUCCAUUUACAGAUGGGCUUGCAGUGCCCAUUUAGUUUUGUACUUCCAGACUCCUCAAACUAUUUAUCUUUCUUGUUAUAAAAACUUGUUUUAUUUGACAAAAAUAAAAUUGUUGCUUUCUUUAGA